CGGCGGUCGGAGCCCCCGGCCGGAGGCGGAUGGAACCGCCGCGAUGCUGGCCCCGCGGCUGCUGGAUUUCCAGAAGACCAAGUACGCGAGGUUCAUGAACCACCGAGUCCCCGCCCACAAGAGGUACCAGCCCACGGAGUACGAACAUGCCGCCAACUGUGCCACCCAUGCUCUCUGGAUCAUCCCGAGCAUCCUCGGCAGCUCCAACCUCUACUUCCUGUCGGACGACGCCUGGGAGGCCAUCUCUGCCUGGAUUUACGGCCUCGGCCUCUGUGGGCUCUUCGUGGUGUCCACCGUCUUCCACACCAUCUCCUGGAAGAAGAGCCACCUCAGGACGGUGGAGCACUGUCUGCACAUGUCCGACCGCAUGGUCAUCUAUUUCUUCAUAGCGGCCUCCUACGCGCCCUGGCUGAACCUCCGCGAGCUGGGCCCCUGGGCCUCCCACAUGCGGUGGCUGGUCUGGAUCAUGGCCUCCGUCGGCACCAUCUACGUCUUCUUCUUCCACGAGCGGUACAAGCUCGUGGAGCUGCUCUGCUACGUCGUCAUGGGCUUCUUCCCCGCCCUGGUCAUCCUUUCCAUGCCCAACACCGAGGGCAUCUGGGAGCUGGUGACCGGAGGGGUCUUCUACUGCUUGGGCAUGGUCUUCUUCAAGAGUGACGGGAGGAUCCCCUUUGCCCACGCCAUCUGGCAUCUCUUUGUGGCAUUUGGUGCUGGUACCCACUACUAUGCCAUCUGGAGGUACCUGUAUCUGCCCAGCACCCUGCAGGCCAAGGUGUCCAAGUGA